AUGAGCGUGUCGCCAGUAAGAAAAGAUAUCCUAGAACAAGCUGAGGACCUCAGAAUUGUGAACCUGGAUCCUCUUAUCUCGCCUGCUUUGCUACAAACGCAGAUCCCAGCCACCAACAAGUGUCUGCAAACGGUGCAGAAGGGAAGAAGAGAAGCCAGCGAAAUCAUCACAGGCAAGGACGACAGAGUGCUUGUCAUCGUGGGACCAUGCUCGAUUCACGACCUUGACGCUGCUCAGGACUACGCUAGACGUCUCAAGAAAAUCUCGGAGGAACUCGAGGGCGAAAUUUGCGUGAUCAUGAGAGCGUACCUGGAAAAACCCAGAACCACCGUGGGCUGGAAAGGUUUGAUCAACGACCCAGAUGUCAACAACACUUACAACAUUAACAAGGGUCUGCAGUCUGCAAGACAGCUUUUCGUUAACCUGACCAGCGAGGGCCUACCUAUCGGGUCUGAAAUGCUCGACACCAUCUCCCCACAGUACUUGGCCGAUUUGUUGUCGUUCGGUGCCAUCGGUGCGAGAACCACCGAGUCCCAAUUGCACAGAGAGCUUGCCUCCGGUUUAUCGUUCCCCGUGGGCUUCAAGAAUGGCACUGACGGUACUUUGGGAGUCGCCGUGGACGCUGUGAUGGCUGCUUCGCACUCCCACCACUUCAUGGGUGUCACCAAACACGGAUUCGCUGCUAUUACCACCACCAAGGGUAACGAACACUGCUUCGUGAUCUUGAGAGGUGGUACCAAGGGCACCAACUACGAUGCCGAAUCCGUGGCCGAGGCCAAGAAGCAACUUCCAGCUGGCAAUGGUGUAAUGAUCGACUGUUCGCACGGUAACUCCAACAAGGACUACAGAAACCAGCCGAAGGUUAACACCGCCGUUUGCGAACAGAUCGCCAACGGUGAGGACAGAAUCAUCGGUGUUAUGCUUGAAUCCCACAUCAACGAGGGCAAGCAAUCCAUUCCUGAAGAGGGCAAGGCCGGCCUCAAGUACGGUGUGUCCAUCACCGAUGGCUGCAUAGGCUGGGAGACCACCGAACAGGUUUUGCGUGACCUGUCCACUGCCGUCAAGCAGAGAAGGGAGCUAAGAAAGUCGUCUUCAGCCUAA